AUGCCGGACCAAUUUAAAUGCCAAGUGUGUCUGCAAGUAUUUGCAACAUCUGAAGCACUUCAACUUCAUAUCACGGAAUUUAAGUCCCAAACACAAUCUGUUCUCGCAGCAUAUACGCAGUGUUUGAACCAUAUCACCCCAGGAACUUCCCGAGACAAUGAAGCUUAUUUAAGACCAGCCAUAUGCCAAGUGUGCAGCAGAAAAUUUUACAACGAUUAUGCCCUUGAGUUACAUAUCGAAGAGUUUCGAUCCUUGGAAUCGCGACUUGUCCUAGACUUACUACAUAGUCAAUCACACAUUGCCACGCCCAAAUAUGAAUUUUAUCGCAACGAAGGAUCCCAAUGUCCGCUAGCGAACUGUGAGGUAAAAGAUAGAAACCCUAGCAAUCGAAGUCGGCAUUUCAGGGCGCAUAUUCCGUUUAUCGAACCGUGCAAAGGGUGCGGCAAAUUAUACACCUCAUGCAACACUGCAACAUCGCACGGCUGCAAACACCCGCUGGGCACAACAUGGAUUACGGAACGCCGGCGACGGCUUCAGAUGAGAGCCUCUCAGGAAUACCAAAUUGCCAUUACAUUUUGCGAGUCGAGCAAACGAAAGAUAAAUCGAUACUUAAAAUCCUCGAAAUCGACCUCGAACGAAACGAACCAUGUCUGGCCCCCGCUGGAUACUCCUGCAUCACUCAAUACAGACGUCAAUGAACCACGGCCGAAUAAGACGCUAACAGCGAGAAAUGGUGUGGUAAUGGCAAACCUUGAGGAGGCUCGUGUUGUCGGUAAAGCUGUGAGCAAUACGGGACUUUUCUGCAUGGACGACCCCGGCGUGACACUUCAAGAGGCUCAAAAUAGCGGGUUAUUCUGCCUUGAUGACACAGCCGACCAUGUGGCUACUUUCUGCGAGAAGUACACUUCGGGUUGGGACUCUUGGUUUCUGGUGGACGGCACGGAUAAGAGCAGGAGAAAGAGACCCUUAGAUAAAAUUUCUUCGUAG